CCGCCGCGGUCGGAUCUCGGUCGCCCCGGUAACGCGCGUGGGUCCGGUUCCUCACCAUGAGCGUCCUGGUCACGCGGGUUCUGAGGGCCCGGGGCUGGGGCGCGGGGUGCUGUCGCGGCGCCUCGGAAUUCCGGCUGCCUCCGCCGGGCGCCGUGAACGUGGCGGAGCUGCUGCGAGAUGCGACAACAGCGGAGAAGGGGCCGCGGGAGGCGGCGGCGCGGCGGCCGCCCGGCCAGUGCUCGGUGCUGCUCUUCCCGGGCCAGGGCAGCCAGGUGGUGGGCAUGGGCCGUGGUCUACUCCGCUACCCUCGCGUCCGCGAGCUCUACGCCGCCGCCCGCCGCGUGCUAGGCUACGAUCUGCUGGAGCUGAGCCUGCACGGGCCGCAGGAGGACCUCGACCGCACCGUGUACUGCCAGCCCGCGAUCUUCGUGGCUUCGCUGGCCGCCGUGGAGAAACUGAAUCACCUGCAGCCCGCGGUCAUUGAGAACUGUGUUGCUGCUGCUGGGUUCAGUGUGGGAGAAUUUGCAGCCCUGGUGUUUGCCGGAGCCAUGGAAUUUUCUGAAGGCCUGUACGCAGUGAAGAUCCGCGCGGAGGCGAUGCAGGAGGCCUCCGAAGCCGUCCCCAGCGGGAUGCUGUCCGUCCUCGGCCGGCCGCAGUCCAAGUUUGCCUUUGCCUGUUCGGAAGCCCGGGAGCACUGCAAGACGCUGGGUAUAGAGAACCCUGUGUGCGAGGUGGCCAACUACCUCUUUCCGGACUGCAGGGUGAUUUCGGGACACCUGGAGGCUCUGCAGUUUCUCCAGAAGAACUCCUCCAAGUAUCACUUCAGACGCACCAAGAUGCUGCCGGUCAGCGGCGCGUUCCACACCCGCCUCAUGGAGCCAGCCCUGGAGCCCCUGACACAGGUGUUGAAGGCCAUCGACAUCAGGAAGCCCCUGGUGUCAGUGCACUCCAACGUCCGUGGGGACAGGCACAUGCACCCGCAGCACAUCCGGAAGCUGCUGGCCCAGCAGGUGGUCUCCCCGGUGAAGUGGGAGCAGACGAUGCACGCCUUGUACGAGAGGAAGAAGGGCACAGAGUUCCCCCAGACUUUUGAGGUGGGGCCUGGGAAGCAGCUAGGGGCCAUCCUGAGGAGCUGUAACCUGCAGGCCUGGAAGUCGUACAGCAACGUGGAGGUGCUGGAAGCUGGCGAGCCCCCCGAUCAGGACUCAUAGGGUCCCCCGAUGAGCAAGGGGCAGGGUGGGGGGCUGUCUCUGCCCUUCCCAUCCAGCCUCCCCCCACCCCCGCCCCGCGUGAUUGG